AUGAGGGCCCGACGUUCACAGGCUGCAGAGAUCAAGGCGAUGAUGUCGUUGGAUCGUUCUCCUCUCUUCGCCAGCGGUCUUCAUCUCAGUGGGAACAAGUGUACUGUCCUGAGAGAUAAUCUCCACAUUGAUGGGGACAACACUUUAGAUGUUAAGAUGAGGCCCACUGCUACUGAUGCCCUCUCCUACAGCAUCACCAUCGCAAAGACUGGCCAGACUCUGAUCAUUGUUAAAGGGAUGAAGGACAUUCCCGGAGGAAAGAUCAACAUAAAGGCCUCCGACAUGAUGCAUUACCUGAGGAAGAUUGACCUCUACCCCCUGACCUCCCCCUGACCUCAGUGCUGGUGAAAGUCUAAUGAUUAGAUCCUAGAGCCUUACCUAGGGCAGACUUCACCCUGGGGCCUCAAUGUUCUUUUAGACGACGAUGAUGACGAUGACGAUGAUGAUGAUGAUGAUGAUGACGAUGAUGAUGAUGAUGAUGAUGAUGAU